ACGCCUCCUAUGCUGCAGCCCACACGGCCCAACAAGUUGUUUCCGUCGUUCUCCUCUGGCUACCGAACCCUCCCGAAAGCCGAAACCCACCCAUCGCCGCCAUUCCACACCCACGCCCACGCCGCCGUUCCCACCGCGCACCUCUGCCACCCGCCGUCCAGGUCGCAUCGCCCCCGCACUUAGGGCGGCCGCCGCCACAGGCGCACCCACAGGCCUUCUCUACCCUGUCGGUUGCCGCCUGAGCCAGUUACCAUGGCGGGUCCCACGGAGAGGGACCAGUUCACGGAUGAGGAGGAAGAUGACUUCCUGGAUGAGGAGCUGGACGAGCAAGGCCUUGGAAGCGAAGACGAGGAAGGAGUAGUGGGAGUAGGGGGUAAGAGGAAGCUGCUGGGGAAGAGCCUGGGCGGGUUCGGCAAGCGCGGGGUGUGCUACCUCAGCCGCGUCCCGCCGCACAUGAACCCGUCGCACAUCCGCCAGAUGCUCUCCAAGUACGGCGAGGUGCUCAGGAUUUACCUCGUGCCCGAAGGUCAAGGUCAUCGCAAGCAUGCUAUUGUUAAAGCAAAGGCUUACACCGAAGGGUGGAUUGAAUUUGCAAAGAAAAGUGUUGCCAAGAGAGUGGCUAAUCUGCUUAACGGUGAACAAAUAGGUGGGAAGAAGAGGUCUUCAUUUUAUUAUGACAUUUGGAACAUUAAGUAUCUCAGGAAGUUCAAAUGGGAUGAUCUGGUUGGUGAAACGGCUGAGAAAACUCACAUCAGAGAGCAGAAAUUAACCUUGGAGAUAGCAGCAGCAAAGAAACAACGUGAUCACUACCUGUCCAACGUUCAAAAGUCUCAUGCAUUGAAACAUAUUCAAGAGCGCAGGAAAAAGAAGCAGAAGACAGAAGGAGCAGAACCCAGUAAUGUCCUUGAAACAAGAACCGCUCGUCCAAUUCCUCAGAAGAAACCAGUUGGGGAGACGGACGCCAAAACUAAAUCGAAGCUUUCAAAAGACAUUUUAGCUGGAGUAUUUGGUGGCUCAUCAUGAGUUCAUGACUGCUUUCUAUCUCUCGGCGUGGGUUGGUGCAUGCCGAACUGAAUGGAGCAGCGCAAGUGCAUCAUAGAGUUUCAUCAUAAUCUACUUCCAAUUUUUGUAGCAAGUCGUGUUAUUUUUUGUAAGUAGAGGAACUUCCUGGAACCUCUUGUAAUGCUAAUAUGCCCUGGAAGGUUUUCUGGGACCUAGCAAUGAAUGAGAAGGAUUGCUGAUUGCCAGCGCUGUUUGGCCGGAAAUCUCAGUUGUCAAACCGAAACUCGUGCCCUCUUUAGUUGGAACAGCAUAUAUCAUGAUUGUCGCCAUUGGUAUUUU